AUGUCUACUACCUCGUCGUCAACUUUUAAGAGCAAGAAGAAAGUAGUUUGUUAUAUUCCAACAUCGAAUCAAUUCGAAAAUAUUAAACCGAUCGAAGUCAAAUGUUUUCCGGACGAAAAAGAAACACCAGUUGUUGAAACAGAUAGAGAAAAUGUUGAUGGAACUGCUAGGAUGGUCACUGUCGUAUCUCAACGAAAGCGUCCGAUGAGUGUUCCGUCGAAAAGAUCAAAUCCAACGGCGAUAACGGAUGCAACCAUGACAAAACCUAUUCGCCAUUUGGCUGUGCUACCGUCAUCGAAAGAACGAUCGGUUCAGGCAUUUCCUAAACAUGGAACAAACCUAUCAGACACAUUCACAUUGUACGAUGGUCCAACGACAACGCCAGCUUUUGGUCGUUCUCUCAAUGACACCAUGACAAUGAAUUAUCAAUAUCAAAUGUCAGAUUUAAAUGUGGAAUUACCGGUAGAUAGCGAGCUUAACAAUGAUGAGACUUAUUUAUGUAAUAAUACAACAGUUUCAAGUGUAUGUGAACUUCUUGAUCAAGCAAAACUGCAACAAAAGCCACAUUCACUGAUUGGUCGUUACCAGUUACCUCAGGUAGACAAUACGACAAAGUCGUCUCCUGCUGUACAUGUGGCUACGGUCCACUACGGCGAAAGUCAACCAUCAGAGCCAGCAAAUAAACAGCAUCUCAUUCAACAAUUUUAUAGUCAACUAGAAAAUCUCAAAGCAACAUUCAACACUGAAUCAUCAGAAUCAUUACGGCAACUGACUACAAACACAUUGACAUUUGACAAUGGUCAAGUAAGACAAACAUCAGCAACGAAGCAUUUGAAAGAAAAGCCACCGGUAGCGCGAGUAUCAAGUGCAACUGUUAAACAAGCUGAUAAAAAACCAGUUGCCCCUAAGAAACCAAAAUUAACAAAAAAUCCAUCGACUCGUGUCCAAUCAGCACCGAUCAGAAUGACAACGAGACCGAAAACAGAGAUGAAGAGAAACACCGUCACAUCAUGUAAACAGCAUCGAAGCGAGAAAGUGCCAAAUCCACCCAAGAAAUCUGUACAAACAAAAGAGAAACAGACACGACGCGUUGGCAGUGCACCGCCAAAUCGUAUCGAUAUUCGCGGUCCUGAAGUGACCUUGUUACCACAGGAUGAAGAAGAGUGCCGACAUAUGUAUGAAAAACUCCAACGUCUACAACCAAGCGGUGUUUGUGUAGAUUUAAACACGUUGCGUCGUGCGCUCUAUGCACCAAUGGGAACAACAACGUUUUCAGCGAAUUCUAAUCCAGAUCAAAUUUCAGCAUUUAAAUAUUGUCGUCAACGAUCAGAUGACAUACCGGAAUCUUGGGCGAAAGCCGAUGAUAAACGUGUUUCCAAACAAUCCAGCAAAGAUCAAAUGAAUUUACAUAAUCCUAAUCUUUUUCUUUCAUCAGAUAAUCCAAAUAUAGAUCGUAUUAUGGAUCAAAUGAAGAAACAUGCCGAAAUCAACUAUAGUUACUACACGCGAACCAAAUGA